AGGAAGAGACUGCAUUAUACUUAACAUCUCACUACAGUUGAGGCUCAAAGAACGGCUAGCGAGAAUGCCUGUGGGGAAAAGAGACCGUCCUUCCUCAGCAUCAGGACGGAUAGAAACUAAUACAAUAAACAUGAUAUCCUGUAGCUUGCUCUCUGAGCUGGUGCGUCCAGAGGAGGGAAGCCCUUUUGCUCCAUGGUCCCUCGGAAUGUCCAGUUGCCCAGAACAGCCCCCAGAAUGGAUGCAACGAGAGCUUCUGAAACAGAACCCGCGCAGGCACUCCCUUCACCUGGGAGAACCGGCCCACGGGAGGACAGCACUGGGUCACGAAGCUAAUCCAAACCACACAUCCCACAACCUGGAGAUUGACCAGAAGGUCUCUCUUGAGAGCCUCCAGAAGCUGAAGCUGGCGUUCGAGGAAUAUGAAAUGGACGGUUUAAGGUCUCUAGAUGAGAGGAGUUUUGGACUCAUAUUGAGGAAGUGCUUGGGUCUGCACAAUACAAGCAAUUCACAGAUUCAAGACUUGUUCAUGAAGAUUGAUUACAUGAGGCAUGGGAAAAUUGCAUGGGAUGAGUUCUGCACUUACAUGCAGCUGGAGUACAGCAAGCGAGAGGAGUGUGCACUCCGCAGGAAGCAGGCAGCAUUCUCUCUGCCGGCCAAGGUCAAGCCCUUCACCCACGGGGAGCCCGUCCUGAGGAUCCGCACCGUUUCCGACGGCACUGUGGUGACCUUACGCGAGGACGGGUCCGUGCAGUACUGGAGCCCUGAACUCCAACUCCAGAAGUCCAAAACAAGCUUGUUUCACGAAAGGGCGGCGACCAGGAAGCCAAAGUACGCCACUGAUUUAAUUCCUAUGACACAGUACAACAAGCUGAUCGUUGCAACAGGGGACCGAGAGAUCCGACUUUAUGAGCUCUCGACUCUGGAGGCUUACUGCCAGAUUAGCGGCCUAGAGACACUGCCUCUGAUGUUAGACUACUGCCUCACAGGAGCUGAUGAAUGCUCCAUCCUGUACGGAGACUGCCAAGGAUGUGUGAAUAUCAUAUUAAUGUCCUCCGUAGGGGAAACACUAAGAUUAUGGAAGAACCUACCAAAAACAGAGAAUGUGCCCACCAUCACACUGGAGCAUGCAACAAUGUCUUCAAACGUGACUUUCAUCCGAUGGAAGGUUCACCAAGACUGGGUUACAAAGGUGAAGUAUUUUCCAAACUUCUCUGCGGUUGUGUCUUCAUCCAAUGACGAGGCCUCCUCUGUCGUCAUAGGCUGUGUGCAGCCUUCCACCAACGUGGAGCAGAAGAUUAAGGAGAUCACAGAGGGCAUCAGCGAAGGCAAGGCCAAGAAGGUCCAGCUCAACUGGACGCCCCAACCUCGGCCGGCCUGCGACCAGACCGUCUUCAGCGCCUACAAAGGCGUGAAGACAUACGACCUUUGUAAGAAACACGACUUGCUGGUGACCGGUGGCAUGGACCGACUCGUGCGCUUGUGGAACCCUUGUGUCCCUGGGAAACCCACUGGCAUUCUGAAAGGCCACGCUGCCCCUAUUUUCUACCUGUGCAUUUCCUCAGAGGACGGUCAGAUCUUCUCCGUCUCGAUGGACACCACUGUGAAGAUCUGGGAUAUCGAAGAUCAGUCUUGCGUGUUUAACACUCAGCCCAAAGCCAGCCUUAUCCACGGUGACCUGUCUGCAUGUCUGUACUCACCCUGCAUGAAAACCAUCUUCAUCGCUGCCGACCACAUGUGUCUGCUCUCCCUUAAGACAAGGCGAAGGAUUCCGGGUCAUGUGAUCGCGUCCCACGGCGAGCCGGUGAUGUGCUGCGGCUACAGUGAGCAGCUACGCCAGGUUGUGAGCUGUUCUGAGGGCUCGGUGAUUAAAGUGUGGGAUUUCGAUACCGGACGCCAGGUCUUUGAAUUCGGGGAAGCACACGGAACCUCAGCUGUUACAUGCAUGACCUUUGACCCCCAAGGGAGGAGACUGAUCACUGGAGGUAGAGAUGGUUGUCUCAAGAUUUGGAACUUCAACAAUGGCCAAUGUCUGAAGAUACUCAAAAGGGAAGGUGAAUGCCAGGAAAUAUGUGACUGUGCUUAUCUGACAAUCCACAGAAAUGUCUAUGUUAUAUCUGCUGGCUGGAACCGCAAGAUUGACAUUUUCCCUGACUCUCCUGAGGAUCCCCGUCUGCUGACGAGCCCACAGCCGGCCUGGCCCGAUGAUCUGAGGGGGGGGCACAGGGAGGACAUCCUCUGCCUGGCCCAGUGCCCCCCGGCCCUGCUGGCCACGGGGAGCUACGACGGGGAGAUCCUGGUGUGGAACGGCGUCUCCGGACACAUCCAGUGCCGCCUCCGCAGCCUCGUCCCGGCCAAUCAGAGCCCCGCGCAGGGACUGGACCCCAGCGUUCUGACUCUAAUCUUCCUCGGGAGCGCCACAUCCAACACAGAGCCCCCCUGCGUGAGGGGGCUUCUGUCCUCCGGGACAACGGGCUACGUAAACUGCUGGAAUGUGCACAACGGAGGCCGACUCAUGUGUUGUUUUAAGGCGUCUGAACGCCAGGUCACAAAGCUGAGCCCUGCAGCAGACGGCACGGUUCUGUUCGCUGCCGACCGGGUCGGGUACAUCUUCGUCUACAACGUGCGGACCCUCAGCCAGGACCACCAGCCUCUAAGAGAAAACUUUUGGCGCGCCCACACCAGCACUAUAACCGGGCUGCAGAUUGUGGGGUACGGCCAAAUGCUGCUCACCUCCUCCACAGACUGCACGGUUCGCCUCUGGAGCAUCCAUGGAGAAUUCAUCGGGACCUUCGGCCAGGCGGACAGCUGGAACCUCCGUAUCACCGCCUCCUGGGGGCACCCCACGGUCCCCCAUGAGAUCCUGGUGGAUCCCCUCAGCAUGCCGGACCACCCCGUCCUCCGAGCAGACCCAGGUGCCCCCCGCCCCGCUGACCCCCGACACGUACGCCCCGGCGUGGCGCCGCUCAAGCAGCCCGAGUCCCAGCCUCAGCCCUCAUCCCUCAGUGACAAAGACAUUGAAAAAGAAAUGAAGGGUUUAUUGUAUCAAGAGCAACACGGCGUGCGCCUUCGGCAUGAAAUAUUCAAACACAGCAACAAGUCCCCGUCCAGCGCUGGGCAGACGGUGUACCACAGUCUGAAGUGCUUUGACAUCGUGGAGCUACCAGAGAUCUGUGUGAAGCCAAACCCGGCCUUAGGUGGUCCCCAGCCCUUCAUAGCUUCCUCCACUGAAGACCUGGAAACAAACCAAACCACAUAACAACAAGGAUAGUGCUUCCCACUCCUUGUUUGUUCUUUCUACAAAGUCUGAUGUUUUAUUGGCCGUUAUGUGGCCUUGUAGUCAAGGGGGAAGAGCGUGGUUAUUGCUACGCACACACGGCUGACUGCAGGCUAGUUCAGGGUCUUGUUUGACAGUUGGGAUGCAAUGAAGUUUUGCUGUAGAUGGAAUAAAAACACAAUUUGUGCUGAUAAGGGGAGUUGGGGACAGAAAGGAUUACCUCAUCUCCCAGAGCCCCUCAGGGUUGAUAUAACUGUUGUUUUGUUGGUUGUGGUUUUAGGGACUGGUGUAGAUGAGAAGUGGGAGUAAGUGUUUAUUUAAACAGACGCUUGUCCACAGUCGAAGGAUGAGAAUAAUUCAAUGCAUAAACAAAUAAAUUCAUGAAUAUACAAAUACAUUUGAGACCUAUCAUCCAUGGGGAUAAUUGGUCUCACAAUAACUUUAUGUUCUGAAAUAGGUUUUCUAUUAAAAUGACUGAGCUUUGAGUGUGAUGGGGUCGUUACUCGUCUGAUACAGUAUUGAUUGUUUUUUUUGUUGCUCUAUUGAUUACAGUCCUAAAAUGGAGGGUUCAUUUAAUUCAUUAUCAUUGCACUGAUGAACUAGAUUCCCGGGUGCUGGCCUAGUUAGUGGGUUCUGCACCUGCUGAAUAACUGAGUUGGUUUUUUGUUGGUUCAUUGGCUCUUUAAAUAGCUUAUAACAAUUUAGGGUUAGUAGAGUAAAAUGGGACGUGGACACCUACAUUUUCUGAUUCUUUAAUUCCAUAGUAUGCAUAUUUAUUCCUGCAUGCAAAGAUGACUUCAAAAACCGCCAUGUCUAGUUUACUGCGAUUAAUUAUUCAUGGUUUUACCAUUAUGUUAUCAUGUGUCAGAGAUUUCUUGGUGAAGGGAAACAAUUGUCUAAAACAUC